GUUAGUUGACCAGCGCUCUAUCGAAUACACCGCUGUCGUCUCUAUCUGUGCAUGCUUGUAUGCGUACAUUUGCAAUAACUAAUAACAAGUCCCUGCCUACCUGUUGCACUUAUUACCUACAAAAAUAAUAAUAAAUAGUAAUCGUGGUAGUGGUGCUACAGAGAGUGUCUACCUCCUAACCUCGUACUAUUCUUUUACAACCAAUGCGUACGGUACUUUGCUACAACGCCUGUUGUAAACUAGUCUUGUGUCAGUGGCUCUUUCGUAUUUUGUGAUAAUUGGUGGAAAUUGAAUGGAAAACAGGUGAAGGAGAACGAAUCAAAUGCAUUUGCGCUUCGAAAUUAUGAACUUCAUUGUCACCGGAAUUAUGUGACAAAGUAAUUUACGAUCAUAUCUGUCAAAUUUAAAAAAAGCAUUAAGCCCCUAGCUGUUUCAUUACAGAUCACAUAAACGAACAUAGUGUGUCAAUUUUUUUGGAUCGUUAGUGAAAUUGCAUGGGUGGGUAAGAAGUGAGAUGACGGUAGCUACCUAUUCCAAAGACUGUAAUGCAUUCGGAACGGAGCACGCUGGCCUUAGUGCUGGUAAACACGCAUUGGCUUGGCUUAUCAGCCAGACGGACUUGUGGUACCUGUUGUAUCGAUGCGCAUGUUUCAUCACCAAGGUGCAAAGCCAGACUCAAAGCAGCGUUUCGGCCUUGGAAAAUCUCUUUGCGCUCGAAGAAGACAGCCAGUCAACCUUUGAUGCCAUUCAGAAUCAGGAAAUAGAAAAUUUCGAAGAUGAAUCUCUAAACAAUGGUGCACUCAGUGUAUCGCCACCACACGUCAUUUCUCAACGAGAAGGUCUUCAGGUGAUGCAACCGUCGAGUACACCGGGUACUCCUCCUUCAACCCCCUGUGUCUCACCAACAGCACCUACGGGGACACAGGACCCCAACUGGCAAGCUACAAAGGCUACUAUACGUGAACGAAACGCUGCCAUGUUCAAUAACGAACUAAUGGCCGAUGUUAAGUUUAUUGUGGGUAGUCCUGGAUCUAUUCAAACUAUUCCUGCUCACAAAUAUGUGUUAGCAACGGGCAGUUCCGUAUUUUAUGCCAUGUUUUAUGGAGGUCUAGCCGAAUGUAAAGAGAAAAUUGAGGUUCCAGAUGUGGAGCCCACUGCAUUUCUCACUUUGCUCAAGUACCUUUACUGUGAUGAAAUUCAGUUAGAAGCGGAUACAGUUUUGGCAACACUCUACGCUGCUAAAAAGUACAUCGUACCACACCUGGCACGCGCUUGCGUUAACUAUCUCGAAACAAGUUUAACUGCAAAAAACGCUUGCCUCUUACUUAGCCAGUCGCGCUUAUUUGAAGAGCCUGAACUCAUGCAACGUUGCUGGGAAGUGAUAGACGCGCAGGCAGAAAUGGCCCUAAAAUCGGAAGGCUUUGUGGACAUUGAUAUGUCUACUUUAGAAUCAGUUUUGGGUAGGGAAACACUGAACUGUAAAGAAAUGGUACUGUUGGAAGCUGCUUUAAAUUGGGCCACAGCAGAAUGUAACAAGAGAGAAAUAGACCCGACUCCUCUAAAUAAAAGAUCUGUUCUUGGAAACGCCCUGUACCUGAUUAGAAUUCCUACAAUGACUUUAGAAGAAUUUGCUAAUGGUGCUGCACAAAUGGGAAUACUCACUCAAGAAGAGACAAUAGACAUUUUUUUCCACUUCACUGCCAACAACAAACCCAUACUCAAUUACCCCACUAAACCUCGGGCUGGCCUUAAAUCUCAGGUAUGUCAUCGGUUUCAAUCUUGCGCAUACCGAUCAAACCAAUGGAGGUAUCGAGGUCGUUGUGAUAGCAUUCAAUUUUCGGUAGAUCGUCGUAUUUUUGUUGUUGGUUUCGGUCUUUAUGGCUCGUCAAACGGUGCUGCCGACUACAAUGUCAAAAUCGAACUUAAACGUCUUGGCUGUGCCUUGGCCGAAAACAACACGCGUUUUUUCUCAGACGGAUCCAGCAAUACCUUCCACGUGUAUUUUGACAAUCCGAUCCAAAUUGAACCCGAGACUUUUUAUACCGCCUCCGCGAUUUUAGAUGGCGCCGAACUUAGUUAUUUCGGUCAGGAAGGUAUGAGCGAAGUCAGUGUGGGAACGGUAACGUUCCAAUUCCAGUGCUCUUCGGAAAGCACGAACGGCACUGGAGUACAAGGUGGACAAAUACCCGAACUCAUCUUUUACGGACCUGCCCCCGAUGAUCAACAUUAAAUAAAUACGCUUAUAAAGAAUGGUGCGACAAGGUGGUUGAAUGGGGUGGGCGAAAAGAAAUAAAUAUCGAUAUCGAGGAAACCGAAAAAAAAAACCGAUAAUGUCUAUUGGCAAGAACACUUGCAUGAUUACUGAUAAUUUAAAAUACAUUACUCAGAA